CUUCCCCCCGCGCUUUGCUCUUCUGGGUCGCUUUUCCUCCUCCGCCAAACCAAGCAAACUAAUUAAUUGCAUCAAAUCGUGGUUCCCUCUCUCUUGAACGUUGACAUUCUUAUUCCCCCCCUCCUCGCUCGACUAUUUUCCUUAGACUGGCGAUAAGGAAGAAGAAACAACAAGAAAAGAGACGAAAGACCUUCGCAAUCCCAUCUCCCUUAUAAUUGCAGAGCUUCGGAUUGACCGCUUGUCGGCGAGUCUGUUGUGUCCGCCGUUCGGAACCGUACAAACCAGAGGCGUUGACGCUGUUGCUUUUCCCCUCCUUCGCAAAGAAAGAAGGGGGAAAAAAAUAAAAAAAAAAGGAGAAAAGAGAGGUCGAAAGAGGGGUUGAGCUUCCAAACAAAAAUAAUUAUAACUCAUCCUAUUUUUUUUGGCUCGAAGUCUAACCAAAACCCCCUCACAAAUUUCCCCUCCCCUCGUUUUUCAUUUUGCUCCCCCAUUUUUAUUUUUCCUUUUUCUUGAUCUCAAGGAAAAAUUAAUUUGAGUCUCCAAUGCCGAGCUUAGGAGGGUUAUUGAAGAAACGGCGGACCAAGGAUUCGCAGACCCUUAGGCAAGAGCUUGAAGCCGGUUCGUCACCCACAGCGGCCCAGACACAGACGUCACCAAACGAACAUCACCACCACCACAACAGCCACCAAUCCCAACCCUCCACCACCCCUGACGUCCUUUCUUCUGCGCAACCCCAUUCCCACGAUCAUCAUAAUCGCUCUUCAGGUACUAAUCGAAGCCACCCCGAGGGCCAACCAUCCUCCAUGCAAUCCGCCGUGACGCAAUCCCCCUCGGCCCACCAACCGUCUGGUCACCACCACUCCAACACCUCCAAUGUCGCUAGCAUACAGAACAUAAUUCAUUCAUCCUCCCACCAGAGCGGCCAGUCGGUCGGCGGGAGCCAGGCCGGAUCUCAACAAUCUCAAGCCCGGACCACCAAGGGCAAAUAUUCCCUCGAGGACUUUAGCCUGCAGCGCACGUUGGGCACCGGAAGCUUUGGUCGCGUCCACCUGGUGCAGUCCAAGCACAACCACCGGUUCUAUGCCAUCAAGGUCUUGAAGAAGGCACAAGUGGUCAAGAUGAAGCAGAUCGAGCAUACUAAUGACGAACGGCGCAUGCUCAAUCGCGUCCGGCAUCCGUUCUUGAUCACCCUGUGGGGCACCUGGCAGGAUUCGCGGAAUCUGUACAUGGUCAUGGAUUUCGUCGAGGGAGGAGAGCUCUUCAGCCUUCUUCGCAAGUCUCAGCGAUUCCCUAACCCCGUGGCCAAGUUCUACGCGGCCGAAGUCACUCUCGCGCUGGAAUAUCUGCACUCACAUCAGAUCAUCUAUCGCGAUCUGAAGCCGGAGAACUUGCUGCUCGACCGACAUGGCCAUUUGAAGAUUACGGACUUCGGCUUUGCCAAAGAGGUGCCAGAUAUCACCUGGACCCUGUGCGGAACGCCCGAUUACCUGGCUCCCGAGGUGGUUUCAUCCAAGGGGUACAACAAAUCGGUAGAUUGGUGGUCCCUUGGAAUCUUGAUCUUCGAGAUGCUGUGUGGCUUCACACCUUUUUGGGACAGCGGGUCGCCGGUCAAGAUCUAUGAGAAUAUUCUCCGGGGCAGGAUAAAAUACCCACCUUACCUGCACCCCGACGCCGUGAAUCUGCUUUCCCAGCUGAUCACGGCAGACCUGACCAAGCGUCUCGGUAACUUGCAUGGCGGUCCGGAUGAUGUGAAGAAUCAUCCCUGGUUUGCCGAAGUCACCUGGGAUCGGCUAGCAAGGAAAGACAUCGAUGCUCCCUAUGUGCCACCGAUUCGGGGAGGACAAGGUGAUGCCAGCCAGUAUGACCGCUAUCCGGAAGAGACCGAAGCCUACGGUCAAGAAGGCGAAGACCUUCACGGCCACUUGUUCCCCGACUUCUAAUUCUUCUACGAGUCACGAUGGAAAUGAUGAGCCACGGCCUCUAUGCAAAGGGAAAAGAGGUACCUUAUAUAGCCCGGUUGACUGGGCUACGAAAUGAGCAACUGUGGGGAGGUACUCUUACUAUUGCUUUUUAACAUAUGUCUUUUACUCGGUCGGUUUGAUCGUCUGGAUGAUCGCUGGCCGGCAGGACCUUUGGUUUUCUUUGUUGCCCUGUUUGAAGCAUUUACCUGUGUAUAUCUAGCGCGGACCUGCCGCGCUCUCUCUCUCUCUCUCUUGGUCUGUGUGUCCAUGGACCUCGGCCUCCUUGAAUGUGGAUUUUUGCCAUAAGCAUCGGGGUGACCCUGACUCUCCAGUACUUGCGUCUGGUUUGAAUCCCAGGGUUACGAACUUGGAAUAAGGAUCGGGUGCCCUUUGGAGUUAGUUUCACACUCCAGUCUUCCGAUGUCGAUCGUUUGCAUCGACUGGACUCUCCGUUUUUCAUGCUUUUUUUUUUCUUCUUCUUCUUUUUUUUUUUUU